CAUGGAGUAUCAUCAACUUUCCAAUUUUUAUACAUAUUCUUGUAUGUAGACAAUCAUGAAAAAGAUCCAUAAUUUGUAUUGUUUGAUUUAGAUCCUUUUUAUAUUUUUACACUAGACAAAUAUCUCGGAUAAUCAUGAUAUUUAUGAUCAUUAUUAAAAUAUCUUAUAAGUUGUAACUCUUUUUAUAUCACCUUCUUGUUUAGGGUUUAAGUAUAAGUUUUAAUUUUAAGGUGAAUAUUUAUCAGGCAUUUUUUAUAUAGAUUUUUAUUAAUAUAUAGUUUUAUUAAGAUGA